CCGGCGGCGGGAGAGGAAAUCAGAACCGAGCGCAGUGUGGACUUGAGGGGUUCUCUGCGUGGAGCAAAAGCGCCCUGCGGGGGCUCCCCCAGGAGUCCCCAGGGAGCAAGAAACGUCCCGACCAGCCGGUGUGCGGGGACCCGAGGGGUUCCUCCAGAAUCCCCCCAGUCCCGCCCCGAGCCUCAGGCCACGGGGACAAGGCGCCUGGUCUCGGCGCGCGCCGCCCGGCCCGGGAGGGGGCGCCCGGCGCGGCUCGCUCGGCGCGCCGGCCCCGCGGCCCCGGUCCUGGCGCUGCCCCCCGGCUGGCGCGGCGGCGGGAAGGCCCGGCACCCACGGAGCGGCGGGGAGGGCAGGCCCGGGCCCGAGGGUGGGCUGGGCCCCGGGGCCGAGGAGGUGCAGGCCCCGGGCCCCUCCCGGGGUUGGCAGAACCGCGAGGGCUCGGCUCCCCGUCCUGUGAGCCGGGAGGGACCCCCGCCGGCCGCCCCGCUAAGGCGCGCGGAGCCACGGAACCCGGUGCGCCCGCGGCUCUCGGGGCUGCGCGGCGAGGGCGGGAGACUGGAAGGGGCGCUGGGGUCGCAGGCCGGGCGGUCGGCCAGGCGGGCCCCGGGGGCUCCCUCCGCCAAGCGCGCCUCCUCCCGGCCGCGGGGCCGCGCCUGCCCGGUGGGGCGCCCCGGGGCGGGCGGCCGGGCGCACGGAGCGCGCCACGCGGCGCCGGGGGGAGGAGGGCGCUGGGGCGGGGGCCGGGCGCGCCGGGGCGGCGCUGAGCCGGCUCCUCCUCCUCCGCGGCCGCCGCCUCCUCCUCGCCUUCCUCGGGCUCGGCCGCCGCGCGCCCGGCUGCUCCUCCUUCCCUCCCGGGCGCCCGCGGCGAUGUUUAACCGCGCCGUGAGCCGGCUGAGCCGGAAGCGGCCGCCGUCAGACAUCCACGACAGUGAUGGCAGCGCCAGCAGCAGCCACCAGAGCCCCAAGAGCACAGCCAAAUGGGCGGCCUCUCUGGAGAAUCUGCUUGAAGACCCAGAAGGCGUGAAAAGAUUUAGGGAAUUUUUAAAAAAGGAAUUCAGUGAAGAAAAUGUUUUAUUUUGGCUAGCAUGUGAAGAUUUUAAGAAAACGCAAGAUAAGAAGCAGAUGCAAGAAAAAGCAAAGGAGAUCUAUAUGACCUUUCUGUCCAGCAAGGCCUCAUCACAAGUCAACGUCGAGGGUCAGUCCCGGCUCAAUGAGAAGAUACUGGAAGAACCACAUCCGCUGAUGUUCCAGAAACUCCAAGACCAGAUCUUCAACCUCAUGAAGUAUGACAGCUACAGCCGCUUCUUGAAGUCUGACUUGUUUUUAAAACACAAGCGAACGGAGGAAGAGGAAGAAGAUCCAUCCGAUGCUCAAACCGCAGCUAAAAGAGCUUCGAGAAUAUAUAACACAUGAGCCCUGGCGAGCUGGCAGGACUGGCAGCUUUCAGAAGUGAGGGAACUCCCUCUCAGGACCAUGCAGGGUUUAUAUAAUCGCUUUGUUAUCUGUAAGGACUGAAAUGUAUGAAGCUCUUCCACGG